GGCCGGCUCGGUGGCGGAGGCGGCGGCGGCGGCUUUGGGGGUCGCGGCGGAGCAGGCCCCGUGCGGACCCGACAGAGCCUGAGCAGAGGCAGAAGCAGACCCACGCCGUACAGCAGGGUAGGAGAAAAGAAAGAGAUGGGGAGAGAGAAAGAGGAAAAAUGGAAAAGCGUGGCGCCCGAAAAUGCCCGGGUCUGCGGAGCUUGUGCGUUUAAUAUCCUAACGUCCGCCGGCGAGGACGGGAGGCCGGCGGCGGCGGCGGAGGAGGGAGCGGAGCGCUGCGGAAUGAAUGAGCCGGCUUUGUGUGCGCCCGGCCGGGCUGUCCGGCCAGGAGGCGGCCCCCCGGAGCUCCGGGCUCCAGCCCCCCGCCGAGCAGCGCUGGCAGAGAGAGCCGCCUUUCUGCAGAAACACGAUCGCGGGGGAUCCACGGACUUGAUCCUGCGGCGGGGCGGCGGACUCUCCGGGCCUCAGGACCGCAGGCGGAGGACAGGCUCGGCGAGGGGGGUGGAGAGGCGCCGCUGCACGGAUUGGCCCCCUUUUCAACACCUGCGGCUGGAGUCUGAGGGACCCUCGGCCGGGGCGGCGGCGGGCUGGGACCUGCCCCCGGCGGGCGGGUUACCGGGACACUCGGUUUCAGAGGCGGGAGGUCGGAUUGGCAAGGGGGCAGUGAAGGGCGCGGGCGGCGGCGGCGCCGGCGUGGAGACCGGAGGCAAGCUCCUCGUCUCCAACCUGGACUUCGGGGUCUCGGAUGCAGAUAUCCAGGAGCUGUUCGCGGAGUUUGGCACGCUGAAGAAGGCUGCGGUGCAUUAUGACCGGUCGGGUCGCAGCCUGGGCACGGCGGACGUGCACUUCGAGAGGAAGGCCGAUGCGCUCAAGGCCAUGAAGCAGUAUAAUGGCGUUCCACUGGAUGGUCGCCCCAUGAAUAUCCAGCUCGUCACGUCUCAGAUCGACACACAGAGGAGGCCCCCCAUGCAGGGACUGAACCGAGGCGGCGGGACCCUGAACCGGAGCCGCAUCGGGAGCAGCAGCGGCGGGGGCUUCGGGGGACUGCCCCGGCGGGGGGGGCGAGGCGGGGGCAGCAGGGGCCGGGGGAGGGGGGGCAGGAGCAACAGCAAACAGCAGCUAUCUGCCGAGGAGCUGGACGCACAGCUGGACGCCUACAACGCCAGGAUGGACACCAGCUAAAACCUCAUCGAUGUGCUUCUGACUCGACUGCUUUUCUCACGUCGGGGGAGGGUGGGGGGUUAGUCUGAUAUACAGGGGAGGUUUCUUCUAGGGUUUUUUUUUUUGGAGUAGGUUUUAAAGUCAUGUUAAGUCCUUUUUGUUUUUCCCUUUUAAAUGCAAUGGAAACAUGUUUUGUACUGAACUAUUUUUUUGGAAAAAACAAUGGUUGCCUGCACCUGUAGGGUUAAGGGGGAUUGGGGAGGGUGUUGAAGUUGCUGUUGAAGCCCACUUCCCCUUCUCCUGCCCUGCAGAUCAUUGUAAUAAACCUGCAGAGAAUAUUAACCAAACUCCCCGAGUCUGCCUGCUUAUUUGUGCUGGGAGAGGUGAUGGAGAACUCCCCCCCAUACCCCCCCCCCCCCCCCACUGAAGUGUUCAGCUCGGGGUGACUGCGUCACACUGGUGUUGGACCUGCUCUCCUGAGGACAUGGUGCUGUUAGCCUGCUCCCCCACGAUGCACACACCGACCCCGUGGAGGAGGAAGCAUCACGCCCUGAACACUGUAAAGACUGGAUUUGUAAAGACGGGCUGGUUUAGGUCUAGAUCAUAUUGAGUCAUGCUGUUUUUUUAUCACCUGUCCUGUCCAUCCUAGUGUUCACGUCUCAAUGUUCAUGUUUGAAAGUUGUAGAACACAUUCAAUUGUCACUGAACACAUUGGACUCCCAUUUUUUGGGCUUGGGCUGGCUCAGGGCUGUUUAAGGUUAUCUGUAACUAUUUUUAGGUUAAUAAGGCUUGUGCAUCCUGUAGGCUUUGUGAAUCAAUGGCUCUGGAAUAUUAAAAGUUUUUUUUUUAA